AAGAGCCCCGCCCCUGGUCUUAUGACCCGCGCUGAAAGCGCCGAGUCCUGGCUUUUGCAGCGUUGUGGUCGGUGGUCAUCAGCGCUCCUAUCAGGUUUCAGCGAGCCUUUUCCCUGCUGUCGCUGCUCUUGUCGCCGCCGCCUGCUCUCCGGGAUCAUGGUGUGCUUCCGCCUCGCCCCGGUUCCGGGCUGUGGGUUCCUUCUCUUCUGCCUCGUCCUGGGCACUGUCUCGUCUUAUGCAUUGGAACUUAAUUUGACAGAUUCAUCAAAAGCCACUUGCCUUUAUGCAAAAUGGCAGAUGAAUUUCACAAUACGCUAUGAGACCACAGACAAGCAUAAUAAAACUGUAACCAUUUCAGACUUUGGUGCUGCAACCUACAAUGGAAGCGUUUGUGGGGAUGACCAAAAUGGUCCUAAAAUAGCAGUGCAGUUUGGGUCCGGUUUUUCCUGGAUUGUGAAUUUUACAAAAGAGGCAUCAUCUACAUCUACUUACUUAGUCGACAGCAUCUCAUUUUCCUACGACACUAAUGAUAACGCAACAUUUCCUGAUGCGAAGGAAAAAGGAGUUUUUACUGUUAAUAAUCGUGUGGCACUCAAGAUUCCAUUGAAUGACAUCUUUAGAUGCAAUAGUUUGUCAACCUUAGAAAAAAGUGAUGUUGUCCAGCACUAUUGGGAUGUUCAUGUACAAGCGUUUGUCCAGAAUGGCACAGUGAGCACAACAGAGUUUUUGUGUGAUAAAGAUAAAAGUGUAACCACUGCCAUGCCCAUCGUUCCCACCACGGCGCCAUCUCCAACAAAACCAGUGGUCGGAUCCUAUUCAGUUGUAAAUAGCAAUGGUACCUGUCUUCUGGCUACCAUGGGGCUGCAGCUGAACAUUACUCAUGAUAAGGUUGCUUCAGUUUUUAAUAUCAAUCCCAACACAACCAAUGCUACUGGCAGCUGCCAACCUCAAACUGCUCUGCUCAGGUUGAGCAGCAGCAACAUCAAGUAUCUUGACUUUGUCUUUGCUGUGAAAAAUGAAAACCGAUUCUAUCUGAAGGAGGUGAAUGUCAGCAUGAUUUUGGUUAAUGGCUCUGUUUACAGCAUUUCAAAUACCAAUCUCAGCUACUGGGAUGCUCCCCUGGGAAGUUCUUAUAUGUGCAACAAAGAGCAGACCGUUUCCGUGUCUGGAGCAUUUCAGAUAAAUACCUUUGAUCUAAGGGUUCAGCCUUUCAGUGUGACAGAAGGAAAGUAUUCUACUGCUCAAGACUGCAGUGCAGAUGACGACAACUUCCUUGUGCCCAUAGCGGUGGGAGCAGCCUUGGCAGGAGUGCUUAUUCUAGUGUUGCUGGCUUACUUUAUUGGUCUCAAGCGCCAUCAUGCUGGAUAUGAGCAAUUUUAGAAACCUGCUUUCUGAUUGAUUGUAUAAAAAUACAUGCACAUAACAAGAUUUUCUUCCUUUUCAGUUUUGAAAUAUUUUGUGAAGGUAGCAAAACUUUAAGUCUUAAAUCAGUCCCAGCAUAUUGAGAUCAUUCUUUAUUAGUAAAAACUGUAAAUAGAACAGCUUAAAAUUGAAAAAGCGUCGUGUUAACUGGUCCUGAAGACAAAUUUGUUGAAAAGAACAUGGGUGUGCAGUGUUUCAAGGUCUAUCUUAAGAAGCCUUGGCCAAAUUUGGAUUCUAACCUAAGAUGCCUGAAACUUAGUAACGUGGCCAUUAUGGAGGUUGAAUGUGUAGUUGUCUCUUCAUGGAAUUAAUAAAUAUUGUUUCACUACCGGUGUUCUGUUUUCAGUGUAUAAGAACUAUCCUGAUUUAAACUCAUCACUUUGGAUAUAGUUAAUUAAAUAAAUGUUGAUGUGGCAUAAAUGUCCAUCAUAUGCUUAAACUUGGUUUUCAGUUGAAUGUCCUCAGGAGUAUCAGCAUUUUAUGUGACUUUUGCUGACUUCUUUGAAGCUGAAGUCAGUAUCUUAGGCUUGUGAUUUUCCCCUAGGUAUAAAACAGACCCAAGAGACCACAACAGAGCUUAAACUGGCUUCAGAAUUAAGAGCUUUUUUAAAAAAAAGUUUCUUUUUCACCAGUAUAGACUGAAAAGAUUCAAAUAUGUUUGACCACUUACCUUUUUUUUUUUUUUAAGUGUUUUUCUCUUCCUUGGAUGCCCAAUUAGCACUGAAAGAUAGAAAUAUUCUAUGAACUAAUUGGGAGAGAUUGUGUUGUGUUUCUCUACCUCAUCUUGUUGAUCCCUGGAGCAUUAAAAUCUAUUUAGUGUUGUCAUCAGACUGGUACUUAUGAAACGUAAGCUAACAGCAAUCUCAAAAGGCAGGCAGUGAGGCAUAGCAACUAGGCUCUUAGUUUUUCCAAGACAUCCCCUGUGGGGCAGAGCAUAGAUGGGAGUGUAGAGAGAAGCUGUUGGCGUUAAAAUGAGCCAGAGAAUCAGCCCCUAUCGAAGCAUGCUCCAUGUUAGAAGUGCAGCACAGAUACUGAAUGUAUAGACAAGUAAAAAGGAAGCUUGAGAAUUUCACAUUGAAGUGAUUAUUUUAUUAAUUCAUUCUACGUAUAUCUUGACUUGUUCAGAAUUUUUAUAACUCACUAAUCAGUAUUUUGGCACUCAGCUAUCAGUCUCAAAGCUUUCAGUAAAAUACGGUAAAUCCUUUUAAUAAAAGCUAUUGUCAUUGCUGAAAUUCAUAUUAUAUAUUCAGAACGGUAGCAACUUUUUAUGCAUGACAAAAAUGCAAGAAGAGAAAAAGAGUAAAAAAGCAAGUUAUUGUUCGAUCAUAAAUCACACCAAAUACCACAUUUGUUAUGUACAUGAGAUUUAUAAAGGACCUUAAAGACUAUUUACUCUAUACCCCAUAAGUUUUACAGAAGUGCCUUCACUGAGGUUAUAUAUCUAGUGGACAACAAAAGCAUUAUUACCAUUUUUAUUUAAAAGAAUCCCAAUGAAAUCUAAUCACUCAAUAGUAAAACUGGUUUAAACUUGAAACUAUGAGAUUAGCAUUGGACACUUUGAGUUUCUGUACUAAUUACUUCCAGUAAAUGAUAUAUGACACCAACUUUGCUUAAAUAUUUUUGAAGGUAAUGUUAGCUUUUUGAAUGCCUCCUAUUUUGAUCUGUUUGCUAUUUUCAAAGCCUAAAAUCUCCUUGGAUGGGAUCACAAACAUGGGAGGAAAAGAGAAGGGAGUAAACACUUGUUGACCUUCUGAUGUGUAUCAGAUAUUUUAGAAAUAUAAUUGUUUUUAAUCCUCAGAUACCUUAUAAUGUAGGUAUUAUCUCCCUUUUAUAGAUGAGGAAAGUGAAGCUCAGUUUAAACUACUUGACCAAGGUCCCUUAGCUAGUGCUUGAAGGAGUCAAGAUUUAAACUCAGUUCUGUCUCAAUCCAGAGCUCAGAAUCUAUACCGCACGUGCACACAGCCUUCCUGGUGGUCCAGUGGUGUCCACUGGAUUCUGCUUUUAUUCCAGGCCACUGCUCAGCAAAAAAUAAUAUAACCUGAUAGUUAACUAAUGCUUGUAUGAAAAACAUUAUAUUGCAUUUUCUUGAUCAUAAAUUCUUUUUAACUUGAAUUUUAUUACUCAUUCAGAAUUUUUAUAUUUUCACGACAGUUAUGGCAAGGUAGGAAGGGAAUGGGGAAAUACACAGGUGGUGGUUUUAUUCUUUUUUCCUGUGGUGCUAUUAGACAAUUCAGCAUAAGGUCUUCCCAUAAUAGGCAAGCACAAUUCUUUUUUUUUUUAAUUUAUUAUUAUUUUUUUUAAUUUUUAUUUUUACUUUAUUUUACUUUAUAAAACUGUAUUGGUUUUGCCUAAGCACAAUUCUUUGUUUCAGACUCUUUCCUGUUGUCCCCUUAAUGGUUUUUGUACUGAGGAAUUAGGUGUGAAUAAAGAUGAAGUGACAGUGAGAUACAGGAGGAUUGGUUAAUUGGAAAUGUUAAUAUUUGGGUGGAUAUAGUAAAAAUAGAUGGGAUAAUGCUCUAAAAGACUAACCUAUGUACACAUUCAAAAUGCUUGUUUCUUGUUUGCUUGUUUCUGCUUAAUUGCAUUCCUUACUAAUUUCCUUUCCUUGCUUUCUAUCUCUUUUCUGACAGCUGAAGAAUGUUCUGCUGACUCUGACCUCAACUUUCUUAUUCCUGUUGCAGUGGGUGUGGCCUUGGGCUUCCUUAUAAUUGUUGUCUUUAUCUCUUAUAUGAUUGGAAGAAGGAAAAGUCGUACUGGUUAUCAAUCUGUGUAAUCAAUUAAAUCUAGUAGGUUCUUUUAUUUUUAUUUUUUGGCUAUGAGAAGUUAUGUCUUCCAUUGGCUAAAAGCCAGGAAAUGCUGUGCAAUUGUUUGGGAUAUGCAGAUUAACCUCAGUGAGUUUGCUAACUAACUUGGGCAUGAGUAGCACUCUUAGGACCAAUUUUGUUUUUUAUUUUUCUAUUUUUUCUUCCUUUGUAAAAGUGUAAUUGAAAGAAAAAUUGUGGCUUACAGUAUCUUUUUUAGUAAAUAAUAAUUUUAAGCCUCUGACUCCAAUUAUGAAAGCAUUGCUAUUGAAGGGUAAUUUUAUAUGUUGCAGUUACUUGUAUUUUGCCUCUUUGACAUUAUUUGCAAAAUCAAAGCUGUUGGAGAAUUUGACUUGCUUCAGAAAAUAAAUUCAAGAACAUAA